AUGAGGGGAGAAGAUGAUAGUGUGAGUGAGGAAGAGGAGCAGCAAGAAGAUACGACAACAACCGAGGAAGAAGAAGAGGAGGAGGAGGAGGAAGAUGCGACAACAACUGAGGAGGAGGAGGAGGAGGAAGAUGCGACAACAACUGAGGAGGAGGAGGAGGAGGAGGAACAGACUGAGCGAGAUCCUCCAGAUGAAGAGCGUUCGAGAGAGGAGGAUCUGCAAAGGUUAUUGAGGCAAUUAGAACCAUCUGAAUGCCAAAUGUAUACCAAGGAAUACUCUGGGGGUGAUCGAUUUAUCCCCAAUAGGAGUCUAAUGGACAUACCUCGAGCCAUAACUUUGUUGACAACGAAGGAGGUUAAAAGCAGUGGCAUGCAGAGUGCUUAUAGAAGAAGAAUAGAGGAAGAGAUGAACUUAGAUUCAGAAGGGAAACGGAAAAGGAUUCUCUAUUUCAGAGGCAACACUGAAAAACGUAUACCUAUCCCUUCAGAUGGGAGGAGACGACAACUAGAUCCAUGUCGACCAAAUAGGCCAUUUCCGGAUAUUCCAGAAAACGUGUUCGAAGCACCAGAAUUGGAAGAUUCAAAUAUGAGGAAUCUAUUAGAUUGGGGACGUUCUGGUUUUGUCGCAUAUGCAUUGGGAAAAAAGAUAUUUAUCUUUGAUCCAUUUACAAGAGUAAAACGGCAGCUACGGGAACAGGAGCUACAGUCAGAAGAUGAGGAUGAUAAGUUGGCUAAGUUGAAGUUGGAAGAUGAUGAUGAUAAGUUGGAUGAGUUGAAGCCGGAAGAUGAUGAUGAUAAGUUGGAUGAGUUGAGUGUCCCAACUUGUGUUUCGUGGUCCGAGGGGAGACAAUUGGCUGUAGGAUACGAGGACUGUUGGAUCAAAAUUUGGGAUCUUCAAACUUGCCAAGUGGUUACUCAGCUAAGACGUCAUGAAAAAGAAGUCAAUUGUCUAUGUUGGAAGAAUUCAAAUGAGCUUACUUCUGGGGGUUUUGACAAUGCGAUAUACCACUAUGAUGUGAGAGCACCAAACCACCAUUGGUCCAACAAGAAGGCUGAGGUAAAAGGUAGGGUCCUUGAGCUGAAAUGGUCAAGGGCAAGAAAUCAACUGGCUAUUGGUGAUGACAAAGGGGCUAUCAAUAUAUUAGAUCAUGACCGGUGGCUUGGAUCAUCAUUCGUUUCAACUCUGAAUCCUGAGGCAAACAAAGAGGCACCAAUUAUGAAACUUGCUUGGUCGCCCCAUGACUCUCAUGUAUUGGCCUCAGGUUCUGGGCUGUUCGCGUCAUAUAUUAAGUUUUGGGACACUGAUGCUGGCAGAUGCAUUAAUAGUAUACUGACUGAGGCAGAGGUUUCUGGAUUGGUUUGGAACUGGCGAUGCAGAGAGAUCUUGAGCAGCCUCAGGAUGCCAACAAGUAUAGAGAAAAUGAAUCAGCCAAUGUUGAGUCGUCUCCACUUAUAUAGCUUUCCUACCCUGUCAACAGUUUGGAAGAGCCCAGAUGGUUCGGCAGUGAUCACAGGGGAGUCUGAUGGGAAGCUUCGCCUAUGGCCGAUAUUUGAUAUUCUUCUCAGAGAUGAAAUGUGA